CCUACCUUACCUUACCUACUCCCACGGCCGCAAUGCCGUCCUUCACCGCCACCCACGCCAACGGACAAACCUCCUACUGCGAAAUCGACAACUUCACAGACCCAUGGGCCGCCCCGCCGCCCACACUCCUAAUCCAGCACGGCUUCGCGCGCACCUCUCAAUUCUGGUACCACUGGAUCCCCUCAUUAUCGCGGAACUUCCGCAUCAUCCGACGGGACAUCCGUGGUCACGGGCGGUCCUCUUUCCCCUCCCCGGACUCGCCUUACCCCUACACCGUCUCGACAAUCCUAUCCGAGAUCCUCGAAACCCUCGACCAAGCGGGCGUCACCCGCGCGCACCUCCUCGGCGAAAGCACCAGCGGCAUAGUAUCUAUGCUCUUUGCGGCGGCGCACCCGUCGCGCGUAGCGUCGCUAACUCUCUGCGCAUCGCCGACGCACCUCCCGCCCGCCGCGCAAGAGCUGUUCGCCUUCGGCUACGAGGACUGGCCGGGCGCGUGCCGGGCGCUCGGCAGUCGUGGGUGGGCGCAGGCGCUGGCCGCCGUGGGCGGGACGGUUGCCGGCGAGGAUCCGGCGUAUCUGAGCUGGUGGCUCGAUGAGGUCGCAAAGAGUCAGGCUGAGGGCCUGGCGGGCUAUGCGGAGUUCUUGGGCGCGCUGGAUGCGCGCCCGGUGUUGGCGGGGAUUAGGACGCCGACGCUGAUACUGGCGCCGACGAGGAGCGCCGCUGUGCCCUUGGAGGCGUCUAGGUGGCUAAAGGGGCAGAUUGAGGGGGCCAGGUUGGUCGAGGUCGAUGGGAAGGGGCAUGAGAUCUAUGCGGAGUGUGCGGAGCUGUGUCAGCAGGAGGUGUUGAAGUUUUUGAAGGAGGUCGAGGGGUAGUGGGCUGAUAUAUCCUGUAUAUGCGGAGAGUUGAUGCGCUGUCUUUUGUGGAUGAGGGACGGG